AUGUACUCUCGAGAUUGUGUGCAGUCAAACUGUUACUAUGCAACUAUAGCAGUGAACGUGAUCGAGAGAGGAUAUUAUCGAUUUGGUAGCAAAUCGGAAAACCGCCUACUUGGCUACAUCUACAAAUACAAUUUCAAUCCUCUCAAUCCAUUUGACAAUUUACAUUCACAGGAUAACGAAGGCUGUGAUAGUGAGUUGUACUUUAAACUCAAGGCUGAUCUGCAGGCCAAUAUUAAGUACAUAUUGGUUUUCACAACUUCUUCGCCAAAUGUGACAGGGAAUUUCUCGAUCACAGUAUCCGGUCCAGGCAAGGUCAUGCUGACUGAAACUAAUAAUACUCAAAGCAGUUGUGUUAUCGGCGGUAAAUGUCAGCUUUACACUAAAAACAUUGGAAUAACUCUCGACGAUAUUUUGCGAGACCAAAUUCAACAGCAUACGACGUUGAGCAAUCAAUCAUUGACAGUGAAAAUGAGCAUAUUUCUGACGAUGGCAAUGUUCGUUGCGGGAUUGAUCAACAGCAUUCUUUCUUUCAUGACGUUUCAAAGGAAUGAUUUACGAGAACUUGGCUGUGGAAUGUAUCUUCUAGCGUCAUCAAUCACAUCCUUUCUUACGAUCACUAUGUUCACAAUCAAAUUUUGGUUUGUUCUUCUCACUCAAAUGAAUGUAUCCACUAGUCUCUCUGUUCUUCGAGGAGGUUGUGCGUCGAUUGAACCUGUUCUUAAACUCUUCGUAUAUCUCGACGCUUGGCUAAAUGCCUGUAUCGCUCUCGAACGGGCAGUCAAUGUUUCCAAAGGAGUUCAUUUUGACAAAAAGAAGAGCAAAUUUAUUGCUCGAUGGAUAAUUAUAAUCUUACCUUUCGUCAUCAUGGGCACACUCAUUCAUGAGCCUAUAUACCGCAAAGUAGUCGAAGUUAACAUAGACAAAAACAACACAGAAGUAGAUCAACCUGAGACAAACCAGACAGAGACAAAUAUGGCAGAGAAACAUGUUUGGUGUCUAACUCGUUAUUCUCCUUCCGUCCAAGAAUACAAUACAGUCAUCCUAUUUUUCCAUCUUGUCGUUCCGUUCAUUGCUAAUCUCUUCUCGGCUGUGUUCAUCAUCUUCGGAGCUGCUCGACAACGAUCUGUGGUUCGAACUAAACAAUCCUUUAGAGAACUUAUUCAUGAACACGUUGCCUCGUCUCAUCAUCUCAUUGUUAUCUGGAUGCUUGACAAUGUCUCACUAUCUGUGGCUGUAUCUCCUUGGUUAUUUUAUUUCAUUCACUCCGUCGAUGCUCAUCUUCGUGGUGUUUGUCAUUCCCUCUGA